AGAUCCUGCCUGUCAAGCUUCACCAAGCUCACAUUCACAAGCUGUUAAGUUCAGUUCCCUCCUUGCAGCUUGAGGGGGACUGUUAAAUCAAGGCCAUAUUUUCACUAUGCUCCAUUAUGCUAUAAGAAGAAUAAAAGCUGUUCUGCCACAUGUCUCCAGGACCACAGCAUAUUCCUUUUCUAUUCUCAUCCUAUGAUUGGCUAGCUCAGAAUUCCGUUAGUAUUAGUGACAGCUGUAGUUUGUAGUUUUCUUAGUAUUGCUAUUUAUGUUGUUAUUUGGCACUGAAAAAAGACUAUGCAGUAUUAUGAAAUCAAUCUAGCUUCUCUCUGUUUUUGAGACAAUCUGCAUCUUUCUAUUUCAUGAUUAUUUCUAUCAUACUAUCCUGAAUCUUGUCAUCAUAUAUCACUCUAACUUGUUCUUCCUUUGCGCCCGGACAAAUAAAAAGUAAAAAAAAAAAUAAAAAAAUUCUUCUCUGGUUUGUAAUGAUCUAUUUUCUGCUUCUCUUUGUGCUUGUUAUCGUCUUUUUGUUCAAAGGGAGCUUCUUCUCUAGAGGCCUACCCAAAGGUAAGCUUCUUCCACCUGGUUCUAUGGGCUGGCCUUAUUUUGGCGAAACCCUCAAGCUCUACUCCCAAAAUCCCAACUCUUUCUUUUCCACCAGGCAACAAAGGUAUGGAGAUAUAUUCAAGACACACAUACUGGGAUGUCCAUGUGUGAUGCUUUCAAGACCAGAAGCAGCCAAGAUGGUUCUGGUGACUCUAGCUCAUCUCUUUAAGCCAACAUACCCUCCAAGCAAAGAGAACAUGAUUGGACAAAAUGCACUGUUUUUCCAUCAGGGUCCUUAUCAUUCACACCUCAAGAGAAUGGUUCAAUCUUCUUUUCUACCUUCUGCUCUCAAAGAUUCAAUUCCUCGUAUUGACAAUCUUGUCGUCGACAUGCUUCCUACAUUUCUGAAUAAGACCAUUAACACUUUAUGCGAGAUGAAGAAGUAUGCUUUCGAUGUGGCUAUCAUUUCAGCAUUUGGCACCAGUAUGGAAGUGGAAAUUGAAGAAAUAAAACAAUUGUAUCGAGUCUUGGAGAAGGGUUACAAUUCCAUGCCUUUUAAUGUGCCAGGAACUCCAUUUCACAAAGCAAUGAAUGCAAGGAAGCUACUUAAUGUAAAGCUGAGGAAAUUAAUUGAAAAGGAGAGAAAUAGCAAGAAACCAGCAGGUACCGGAGGGUUACUGGAAGUGCUGCUGGGAAGUGAAAAGGAGAGAGAUAAUCAACUCUCGGACUCGCAAAUUGCAGAUAAUAUCAUUGGAGUGAUAUUUGCUGCACAUGAUACCACUGCUAGUGUUCUGACAUGGGUGCUUAAGUACUUGCAUGACAACAAUGAUGUUUUAGAAGCUGUCACGAGGGAACAAGAUGGUGUUCGGUGCAGAAUCUCUGAAGCAAAUCGAAAUCUUACUUGGGAUGAUACCCGACUAAUGCCACUGACUAGCCGAGUAUUUCAAGAAACAUUGAGAACAGCAAGUAUCCUGUCCUUUACAUUCAGAGAAGCAGUGGAAGAUGUUGAAUUUGAAGGGCAUUUUAUACCCAAAGGAUGGAAAGUUCUUCCUCUCUUUAGAAGUAUCCAUCAUUCUGCAGCUCUCUUCCCUCAUCCCAGCAAGUUUGAUCCUUCCAGAUUUGAGGUGGCACCAAGAGCAGACAGUUAUAUGCCGUUCGGGAAGGGAGUGCACUCAUGCCCAGGGAGUGAGCUAGCCAAGCUGGAGACGCUCAUCCUUCUCCACCACCUCACUACCACCUACAGGUGGAAGGUAAUCGGCGGAGACAGGGGAACACAGUACGGACCAUUUCCAGUGCCAAAAGGUGGCUUACCCAUAGUAUUGUCCCCAAUUUAAUUGCAAGACUUGAAGCAAAGAGGGCAAUGCAUAAAACUGUUUUUGUACUGGUGGCUGAAAAAGAGCUGGCUAUCAGAUCUAGGGGUGGCAAUUUCGGGUAACGGGUCGUGUUCGUGUCAGCAAUCGGGUCGAUUUCGGGUCAACCUAAAAUCACUUAAAAUUGAAUAAAACCAAAAAUUGAAGUUAUUACAAAUGAAAUUCUAGUUUCGGGUCAUUUCGGGUCCAUUUCGGGUCUGUCGGGUGAUUUUCGGGUCACUUUCGGGUUUCUGUCUCAGUAAAUCGGGUUUCGGGUUGGGUCGGGUUCGUGUCGGGUUUCGGGUCGUGUCUGAUAUUGCCACCCCUAAUCAGAUCCUUGCGUAUACUCUUGUUAGUUACAUAUAAACUUUCUUUAUUGUUCGAGGAAGCAUACAACUGCAGACUUAUUUUGCUUCUGAUGCCUACUCAAGUCGUCAUAUAAAUCUGAAUCUGGAAUAUCAAAGUUCGAUUUUAAUUAAAUCUUGAGCAGACUUUUCGAAUUUCACCGGUUCACCCCAAUAUUAGAGGGGUGUAUUGGAUUGGGAUUUUAAAGCAUUUUUUUGUAUUCAUGAAAUCCGAGGGUAUUCGAUUGGGAUUGUUUGAAAUCCAUUAAAAUCUUGAGGUAUUCAAUUGGGAUUUCAAACUAUGCUACAAAAUCUGGUGGUAUUCAAUUGGGAUUUUAAAUUAUGCUUUAAAAUCCGAUGGUAUUCAAUUGGGAUUGUUUAAAAUCCA